CUCAUCACCAGCGUCGAGACGCCCGCAGGCUCGGCCUACGUGCACCGUGCCCACUUCCUCGACGAGAUGGUCAAGCUCAUCCCCGAGGGCGUCGCCAAGUUCGGCAAGCGCCUGCAAGACAUCGAGACGCUCGCCGACGGCAACGUCAAGCUCAAGUUCGUGGACGGCUCGGAGGCCGUGCACAGCGCCGUGGUGGGCUGCGACGGCGUCAAGUCGCGCACGCGCAAGGUGGUCCUGGGCGAGAACGACCCGGCCGCCAACGCCGUCUUCUCGGGCAAGUACGUCUACCGCGGCCUCAUCCCGAUGGACAAGGCCGCCGCGCUGCUGGGCGACGAGAUGGCGCGCAACAGCCAAAUGUACUUCGGAUACCACGGCCACGUGCUCACGUUCCCCAUCCAGCAUGGCGACGUCAUGAACGUGGUGGCGUUCGCCAGCAAGGACGAGUGGAAGGACCCCAACUGGGUCGUGGGCACCACCAAGGAGGACCUGGCCAAGGACUUCGCCGGCUUCUCCACGCACGUGCGCGACAUCAUCUCCAUGAUGGAGAACACGGACAUCUGGGCGCUGUUCCACCACCUGCCGGCGCGCACCUACACGCGCGGCAACAUGCUCGUGAUCGGCGACGCAGCCCACGCCACGACGCCCAACCACGGGUCGGGCGCGGCCAUGGCCAUCGAGGACGCGUACGUGCUGUCGUGUCUGCUGGCCGACGUGCAGCACGCGUCGGAGCUGAGGGCGGCCUUCCAGGCCUUCGAGAAGGUGCGGCUGUACCGCACGCAGAAGGUGGUGGCCACAAGCCACGAGGCCGGCCAGCUCUACGACUUCGAGCUGCCCGGCUACGAGGACGACGUGGACAAGAUCGCCGACAACUUGCAGAAGCGCAUGCGCUGGAUCUGGGAGGAGGACCUGGAGCAAGAGGUGGCGGACGCCAAGCUGUUCUACGCGGCCAUCGCCAAGAAGAAGUAUUGA